AUGAAGAGGAUCUCCGAGAUUGGCUUGAGUGCCAUUGAGAACAUUAUUUUAGGGGAGGGGAGAGCGAGAGCGAGAGAGCGCCAGACAGCCAAUGACGGUGAAGACAUUGAGACGUCCAGAGAGGGGAGGGAGGACGAGUCAGAAGUGCUUCCAGUAGAGACAGCUUCCAUCGGCGGCGGUAAGAGGACUCCCUGCAUUGAUUCAACUCUCUGCAAAACUCCUUCUAUUCACCAGAAGCCGCAUCAGAAACCUUCAACUCUCCGCGUCAAAGGCCGCCGCACAUCGCGAGGUAUCGAUCGCGGAGAAGGUGACGCGGCGCGCCUAAGACGUCGCCCUUGUCCCGGAGAAGUUCAUGUCCCCCCGGGAGGGAACGCGCCGCAAGGCUCCGAGGAUGCCGCUAGUGUUAUAAAUCCUUCCUCCGUCCUGCUGUGUCCCGGGAGCCGUCCGUCUAUCGUCGCUCCGGAGGAUGAGCGGACCGGCAGCCGACGUCUGCUGAGCGGAGGACUGGGAUUGAUUUCCGGGUGCCCCCCGAAGUGCAUCUGCGCCUCGGACCUCCUGAGCUGCACAAAAGUCGGACUGACCGACGUGCCGGAGAACCUGCCGGCCGCGUCCAGCAGCGUGGACCUGAGCCACAACUCCAUCGUGUCCCUGCGCGACGGCUGGCUGGCCGACGUCCCGCGCCUGCGCGUCCUGCGCAUCGGCCGCAACCGGCUGAGGUCUCUGUCCCCCGGCGCCUUUCGCAACGCCACCCGGCUGAGGCACCUGGACCUGUCCUCCAACCGUCUCCGGACUGUGGGGGCGGAGCUUUUCCAGGCGCUCCUCAGCCUGGAGGAACUUCUCCUGUACAACAACCUCAUCGCCAACGUCGAGGGGGCGGCCUUCGCCCGCCUGGCCAACAUCCGCAAAAUCUACCUGAGCUGGAACAACCUGACCAGCUUCGCCUUCGCCUCCAUGCGGAACCUGACGCACCCCCACCUGCGCACCCUGGAUCUCUCCGCCAACAAGUUCUCGGAGCUGCCGGUGGAGGAGGUGUCCUCGCUGCCCGCUUUCAUCAAGAACGGCCUGUACUUGCACAACAACCCGCUCACCUGCAACUGCGCCCUGUACGCGCUGUUCAGCCGCUGGGAGCACCGGGGCUUCUCCUCCGUGCUGGAAUUCGCCCGGGAGCACACCUGCCUGUACAUGGGCCAGAGGCGAGCGGUCGUCCGCAUCCUGCAGUCUCGGGGCGGGUUCGACAACUGCUCCGCGGGCCCGGGGCAACCGAUCCCCGACCCGGGACUUAAAGUUCUCGUGGGGAAACGGCUCCUGGUGACUUGCAACACCAGCCUGCCGCGGGAAAACACCACCUUCCUCUGGAUCUCGCCGGCCUACGACUUCAUCUUUCCCCCGGGGAACGGCAACCGAAGCUUCAGGAUCCACCCCAACGGCACUCUGGAGAUUCACGGGGCCCAGCCGUGGAAUUCGGGGGUCUACCUGUGCGUCGCGGUCAACAGGGGGCUCAGUCACAACGCCACGCACGAGGUCAACGUGACGGUGCAUUUCCCCAAGCCCGGGGAGUCCUUCAACACCGGCCUCACCACCCUCCUGGGCUGCGUGGUCAGCCUCGUCCUGGUCUUCAUCUACCUCUACAUGACUCCCUGCCGCUGCUUCCGUUGCUGCCCGAAGCCCCCGCAGACCCCGAGCCCCCCGCAGGAGGGCAGCGCUCAGUCCUCCAUCCUUUGCGGCACCCCUCCGGCCGCCGCCGACGGGGCCAGCAGCCGCAAGGCCGGGGCCAACAGCCGCCACGUGGUCUUCCUGGAGCCCAUAAAAGAAGGACGCGCCGAGAAGAACCCCAAGAUCCUGCAGCGGAGGACGGAUUCCGAUUCGCCAAGCUCGGUCUUCUCAGACUGUCCGAUCGUCCAAACGUAA